UCAGGCCCUCUCCCACCGCGCAGGCGUGUAGAGUGCAUCAAGAUGGCGGCCCCCGUGGAUCUGGAGUUGAAAAAGGCCUUCACAGAGCUUCAAGCCAAAGUUAUUGACACUCAGCAGAAGGUGAAGCUUGCAGACAUACAGAUUGAACAGCUAAACAGAACGAAAAAGCAUGCACAUCUUACAGAUACAGAGAUUAUGACUUUGGUAGAUGAAACUAACAUGUAUGAAGGUGUAGGAAGAAUGUUUAUUCUUCAAUCCAAGGAGGUAAUUCACAAUCAGCUGUUAGAGAAACAGAGAAUAGCAGAAGACAAAAUAAAAGAAUUAGAACAGAAAAAAUCCUACCUGGAGCGGAGCGUUAAGGAAGCUGAAGACAACAUCCGGGAGAUGCUGAUGGCACGAAGGGCCCAGUAGGGAGCCUCCAGGGAAAGCUCUUCCUGCCCCCUGCUCUGAUGGACGUUUCAUCUGGAUGGCCGAGCAACCUCACCUUUUCUACAUAAUCGUGAGCCCCUUUCAGAUCCCAAGCCUAUAAUUUUCACCCUGGCUCUGCCUGCCACUCUGCCUAGAUACUCUUCUCUCCUGGGGUGAGUCGCAAACUCCUAGGAGAGGGAACAUGAGAGCCAGGCCAGAGAAAGAAGCUUCCCCUGAGCCUGCCACUGCACGCACUGACCAGGCCAAUAAAAGGCACCCAUCCCCCUCUGCUAAGUCUGCUUUUUCUCCAGCCGAGGGCUGAGAACAGAGCGAGAGAGGCAGUGGCCGUCUCCACCUCAGCUCCCACUCCCUCUGCGUUGGAGCCUUUCCUUCCUUGGGGAGUAGGAUCUCGUCCUCCUCUCCUCCUUCUGUACCUUUCUGACUAACGUCCUCAGCUUCUGGGCCUCCACGUAAUUGUAGCAUGCAGAUGAGGAAGAAAGAAUAGCAGUCCCUCCAUGGCCGUCUGCCUAAAGAUUCCUUUCCUCGCUGCUUUCUUGAUCAGCGUUCCAAAAGAAAGUUCAAUAAUAAGCAGCAUCUCCGAGACUCUUUCCCUUUGGCCAGUAGCAUAAGAUGGACACUGUAAUCCUGAGGCUUCCUAGAGGCUCUGGGACAGUGAGUGGUGUGCUGGACCUGGCUUGUCCCAGCUCAGGAGGGCCGAUUAUUCAAUUUUCAGAAAUUUUGUUGUGAGCCAGUUGUUAAACACAGCCAUUAUUAAAGAUUAUGUAAAUCUUCAAAUUAUGUUAAAAAUAAGGAUGGUAAAUAUUCAGAACUCAUCCCUUCCUAAUUAUAUUACUACAGUUGACCAUUAUCUGUUAACUCUGAGGUUAAUAGUAUUGUGUCUGGGUGGUAAAAACAGCACAUAAUGGUGCGUUCCUGUGCUUUUCUUCCCAACUCCGUGAUCAGUGACACUGUAUUGGUAGCCUGAAAUCAGCCAUGACAUGGUGGGGGCAUUCACGGUCCCCCUGCCCCGAGAGAACUGGUACGUAGACAUUUAUCAGCACACCACUGCUUCGGAGGGAAGGCAGGCAGAGUGUGCGGGGAGCUGUCAACAGCAGCCUUCUGUGUGGCAUGGGCGGGGCCAGACAGGCUGGAGAAUCUGACUUGCUGCUGUGGCAGGUCACUGCCACCUUGUGGCCAAAGAUGAGUGGUGUGGCUGACUAGUUUGGGGUGAGGACGUGGGAGGGGAUGGCAGGAAAAGAAAGCCUCUGGUCUGGACCCAUAUGACUGUGAACCAAAAGGCCCUUUUCCUAGGCUCUGGGUAAAGGCAGGUACGAGCUGAGGUCGCAAAUGCCUGAGCCCAUCUCCGAGUGUGACAGGGAGAGAAUGCUAGCCAGGUGCCCCAUGACCAUAGCAGCCACAGUGUUCGGCUAAUAGCAGAAUGGAAAGGUAGAUGGGCUCCUCAUCAGACACUGGCCACUAGCUUGUCGACAUACCCUCACUUGCCUCAGUGAGACGAGU